CAGCAGCCGCAGCCUCCGUAAACAAUGCUGUAGUGCCCUUCGAGCGGGUCGUACGUACGCGGUUGUGGCGUGUCGGGUGUGUAUCGCUCGCGAAGCUCGUUUACUUCGUGGCAUCGCAGAGCCGGCAUUCAAGUCUUUGCCGUGCAGUGCGCGCCGUGCCUGCGGAACAUGUGCUUUAAAUUCGCGCCGAGAUUUUGUUUGAUUCGUAGAUUACGCGUCGCGAUUUCUCGACUGUUGGUGGUGUCUUAGAGGUUUUUGGUGUAAACAGGGAAAAACAGAGGUACAAACAUUGGGUCUUCAAUUUCUUGGUGUGACAACAGCAACAAAAACUUUUCAAAAAUGGAGUUUUCGCGGGCUUUUCACCCGGGAAAACGCAGAGCAACGCCGAUUCCCGUUGCACCUCCAAGGAUACCAACUCCGAUGCCUCUUAACAAUAAUAACACCAGCAGGACGAACAAGCCCAAAGAACAGAUAACGAUUAGCACAAUAUCGGGAGGUCCGAGCGUGGAAGUAGGCACCGGCAGGAAUCAGCUGCAGCUUCAGCACCAGCUGAAUUAUCAGAAUCCCCAGAUGUCUCAUCAUCCAGCGACAUGCGGCUCCGACAUUCCGAUGCUUAUCACAAAGCAGUCUUAUAAAUUGCUCGAUAAUGAUGUCAAAACGGCAUGGAUCAAUCCGAGGCUAAUCUCAAAGAUUGACAUGGAGGCGAUGAAGAAGACCGCGGACUACCCCCCACCCCCGGAGCGAAACAUGAAUGGAUGCAGCAGCACCGGAGUCUUCCACCACAACAACCGGCACCCCAGCUGCGGCCGCGUGCACGACAGAGAGUGGGAGCGCGGCACAGUCAAUGGACAGCGUGCCGGAGUCUCCAAACCGCGCUCAGUGCCUGCCUCAACAGUACAGGCUCCGGACCCGUCCUCCAGGCGGAAGCGCCGACCGUCGAUGGACCUCCACGCGAACAACAACCCGCCCCCGACCGCCUACAGGUCGCACAUUCCCAAAGCCACCAAGUCGCGGUCCGGUCCGACUUCCAACAAUCAGCAGAAGCUCAAGUAUGUGCCGAUGCAGAAGAACGUUUUUCAUCACCACCAAAGCGAGACCACGUCGUGCUACGUCGGUGCCGGGUUGACCACAAGUGCUAGUGCUAGUGCGGGAGUGUAUGGAUUGUACUCCGAAACGAACUACGUUUACACCGUCAACGAUUCCACCAGUUCGGCAGCCGCAGCUUUUUUCGCAAGAGCUGCUCAAAAACUGAACCUUUCAUCUCCACACCGGAGAAAGAGGUACAAUUCUGAAGAUGAAAAUAACACAGGAUUUUGCGGUUCCUUACAGAGAUCUCCACCUUCAGUACCACCAGCUUUGCUUAGAAGAAUCGGGGUUAAGGAAAUUACAGGAGUGGGAAAGGUGAAAGUGAUGUUAAGGGUGUCGAGUACAGGACAAAAUUCUGAAGGAAGCAGCGCAAACACAUUCUUCAAUUUGGAUAAACGAAAGAAACAGUUGACUCUGAUUGAUCCUUCUUCUUGCAAUGGGUCGACUCCUGAGGACCGCAAAGUUGGCGUAGCGGCUCCAAAAAUGUUUGCUUUUGAUGCUGUCUUCUCGCAGGAUGAUUCACAGACUGAAGUGUGCUCCAGUGCUUUAACGGAUGUCAUCCAUGCUGUAAUCAAUGGAACUGAUGGCUGUCUAUUCUGUUUUGGACACGCUGGACUCGGCAAAUCGUACACAAUGCUCGGCACACCGGAUAAUGCAAAUACUUUGGGGAUCAUCCCUUGCGCAAUUUCGUGGCUGUUCAAAGGAAUAAAUGAACAGAAACAAAAGACGGGAGCCAGGUUUUCCGUCAGGGUCUCGGCGGUGGAAGUGUGCGGCCCCACGAACCAGCUCAGGGACUUAUUGGCAGGAUAUUCAAAUGACUCUGAACAAUCUCCAGGGGUGUACCUGAGGGACGACCCCCUCUUCGGCAACCACCCGCCGCACUGCGAGCUGCGGGUGCCCACGGCCGAGAAGGCCGCCCACUACUUGGACGCGGCGGUGGAAUGCAGGACCGGAGCGGGGGCCGCGCAUACGUCCGCCGCUCAAAGGGAAGACGCCAGGGACUCGCAUCUGCUGUUCACGCUCCACGUGUACCAGUACAGCGUGGCUGGAAAAGGAGGAGUGGCUGGUGGAAGAAGUAGGUUGCACCUCAUCGACCUGGGUAACUCCGAUCGAGGUAAAGCUAGUGGAGGGAUACCUUUAUCUGGCGUGGGGAACAUACUGCUUGGAAUUUUCAACGGCCAAAAACAUUUACCGUAUAAGGAACACAAACUAACACAACUUUUAAAAGACUGCCUAAGUUCACUCACAUGCCAUGCCGCAAUGAUUGUCCAUGUGUCGCCGUACGCGCAAAAUUACUCCGACACGUUAACAACAGUUCAACUGGCCUCCAGGAUACAUAGAAUGCGCCGACGAAGGAUCAAAUUUGUCAAUGUUGGAACCGGAAAUGGGUCGGGAGGAAGUUCCGGCGAGGAAGCCACAAGAACCACCGGAACGAGCAGCGAACCUGACCCUUCAAGUAGCGACUUAUCUGCCGAUACGGUUAUCUAUGUUGGACCAACUGAUGAUGCCACCGAUGGAGAACAUCCCCCUGUAUAUAUACCGAGUUUGAAUUCCGGGGACAAUAGAGGGUCUAUGAGCAAAAUACUAAGAGGCUCCAGUGCAGAACAGAAACCUAAACAGAAAUCAGAAGAGAAACCUUCAAUACACAGACCAAUAAAGACGUGCCAAAGUAACAAAACAUCCCCGGCACAUACCAACUCCCCGAAGCAAUCGCCAAGCCGAAUACCUUCGAUUAAAAACAAACAACCGGUAAACGGAGCAAGCGAUGAGCAAUGGAUUGACGGUCCGAGAAUAUCGAAAUCGAAAGUCGCCGAGGCGAGGCAUUUGAUGAAGGAAGUUUGCCACGUCAAAAAACGCGAGACUUGGAUAGACGGUCCCAUGCAGAGUGAGCCUAGUAACGCCGGGUACGGGUAUAUGGAUAGCCACAAGAAGAACAUGAUUAGGCAGUGGGUGGAGCACCAAACAUCGCAGAUAGCGAAGGUUAACAAACACGGGCAUACUAGAUCUGAUCCCAAAACGCAUAAGGAAGCUGCGAAGGAGUUGACGCAAUUCAAAAAUUGCGAUGAAGAGGUUAUCGCUAAGCCCUUGGACAGUAAGAAACACGAGGUGGUGGAAGAAUCGGUGAUUAGAACUGGGUUAAAGCUUAAUUCCAAUCAGGCAGAUAUAAUUCCUGAAUGCGUGACACCGGAAGAAAAGCCGGAAAAUGAUGACGAGAUCGAAGAUGAGGAAGAACCAGUGGAAAUGCCUCCCGCCCUACCGUUAAUCCAACCUUUAAGCAGUAGAGAAGUAUCUCUUGAGAGUUUAGAUCAAUUAUUGAAAGAAAGGAUGCUAUCAAACGCUGAAUACAAUAGUUACCAGAACAAUACCUAUGAAGAGCACUUGUGUAGCGAUGAGGAGGUGCUUGAGAUUAUCGAAGUUGAAGAACCUCUCGAGCCCGUACCUACACAAGAUUGCUGUCUGCAAGUUACCGAAGAAGACAUCGCUUUUUGUAUGGGUUUGUCCGAAAACCCUUUACCGGAAGUUGACCAAGAACACAUACUAGAUCACCCUUUGCGUAUAUUAAGCCAAGAAAACCUAACCGUGGUUUCCACUUUUACAGAUUCCAUGUCAGUUUAUACAGAUUUAGAAAGAAUAUUGCCCAGGCAUAGAUAUGAUCGCUAUAACUUAUACAACGAUGACUAUGAAGACCCAGACAAUCCAUAUCAGCGCAAUGGUAACUUCGAUGAAACUACCAAGAAAAAAUUCGACCAACUAGCAAAAUUACACGAGUUAUUCUCCAAUCGUUUAGCAAAAGCCAACGUGGCGAACUCGGAGACAUAUCAACUUCAAAAGCAGAAUCAACGAGUUUUAACGCGGUGCGAAUCACUGACUCUAAACGAUAUGCUUUAUGGAGAUGGUAACCACGAUAAUAGCAGCAUUUACAGCGAGCCCGCCUACGUAGCGCAAAAGUUUUGCGAGAAUUGCAAAGGGAACAUAGACAGACCCGCUACAGCACAAAACUGGUACACAGACACAUACAUGUCGGCUAGUACGUACGACCUACAAAAACUUCCAAACGAGAACGGUUUGGGUAGAUUCCAUAGCCAUAGCCAUAGAUACAGCCACAAGUUUAAUAAGGAUAAUAACAUAGCUUACCUAAGGCAUCCCGAUGGUGCCUCAAACCCGAAUUUACGCGAAGACUUUACUGCAAGAUUACAGGGUGAUAAAGUUAAGGCUUUCGAGGAUUCAAUAACGGUUCAGCCUUUACCACCUCCAAGCCUAUCAUCGGUGGAGAGGAUGAACCGGGCAGCUCUGAGCCUUGAGACUGGGGUAUCGGCCAUAAAGCUAACUCAGAAAUCUGAAGGUUACGACAGUGGUCACGAUUCGACGCCCAGGACUUCGAAGCACAGUCCGGCGGCAAUAUCUAGGCGAGCUGAGAGCGGAUACGACAGCGUCGUCAGGGACAGCGAGAGCUCGAGCAUCGAUUCCGACACCAGUCGGCUGUCGCACUUGAGGAACAGAAGAGGUAAAUGCAAACACAAGCAUGAAAAGUCCUUCUGUUCGUGGUUUUUGAAUCCAUUUACGUGCAAGUACAUCGACGAACCACCCGAAACGCAUUUUUAAAUGUUUUUAGUUUUGAUAUUUUCGGUCUUUCGUGUGUAGGCAAAUUUUUUUAUUAUUUGAUCUCAGGAAAGGUUAAGGCUGUUUUUUGCUAUGUGAAGGAUUAAGGUAAGAACCAAAUCAUUUCAUUAACAUAUUUCAUCUUAGUCAUCAGUCAAACACAACAUUUUUUUAAUCGUACCAAAUUAAUUCUAGAUGUUUAUUUUAACCAUUUUAUUUUUUAUGAUUAAUUGGCAAAUAUUAGUUUUGGUUCUUAUUUUACGACUUCAUCUCGUUUUUUAAUCUAGGUAAUAAAUCAACACACACAGGGUGUAGUAGGCCAUAUUUAAGUUAAGGACUAAGCGAUUUUUAUAGCUAUUGCGCAAUGUGUUUGAAAACUACAAACAUCAUAAUUAAUCAUUAUUAAAUGAAAUUUUAGGUAAUGUAUUUUCGAUAUCUAUUUGCUGUUGUUAUUCUAGGUAAUCAAGCAAUUACAUAUCUGAUUCGAACGAAUUUGUAAUUGGAACGUAGCUCUAAAGCACAAGAAGGCCUGCCGAGAUAAGAAAAAAAUUGUCCAAAGUCUCUAUCACUAUUUGUUUGUCUCUACAAAGGUACUUUAAUUAAUUGGACCGUCUUUUUCCCAUUAAUACAACUAAAUGAUUUUCGUGAAAUAAAGACUUUAUUAGGUACUCUAAAUGUUUUACAUCCAUAAUCUAAACAACGAGUAAUCCAUUGAUGAAGAACUUCUGUGAUUCUGGGAAAAAACUUAACCAAGUGUACAGGCUUGUUUUAAAGCCAACUUUACACCUUUAAAAGAGUUUGGCGCAGAGACCAGAGCCAAUUGUAGUCUAAUAGUGCAAAGUUUGGGCUAUAUGGUGGACGCGUCAAAAGUUCUCAAUUUUUGAGAUGAACAUAAAGAAAUUUUGAUCUCUUAAAUCAUGGGCAUCUACAGUGUUCUGCAAAGGGUUAAAACUGUUUGGUGAUAAAGGACCUACCGGUCUUGCUCAAUUUUUUCCAUGACUUUUGGUGAUUGGUCGAUAAGAGCGUGAUCUAUAACAUCAUUAUUUCCAGAACAAAAACGAGCAAUGCAUCACCAUAAACUUUACUUUUUUGAGUACCUAAUAUAUAUAACAUAAAAUUAAAAGGAGGACCUGGUUAAUUAAAGUAUCUUUAUAGUUAUACCCAUUUAACAUCAUUUUUCCAUUCAGACAAAAAUAAACACUUUUGUAAACAUUUGGUUGGUAUUUUUGUCUGAUUCUGCACAAUAAACCAAAACGAACAAAGUAUUUUUUAUAAUUAAGAUAUUAUAACUAAUAAACAUUGCAUCUAAACGAAAAAGCUUAUAUAAAUAAAAUCAUUGUAUCUGUCCUAAACUGUACCAUAUAUAACAUAAAAGUACCUUCACUAUUUUUACACCUUCUUAUAUAGUAGAAACGCUUCCUGGUUGAUUUUAAAAAAAAUUCUAACAUCAAGUCUGAUAUUUUAUAUACACCAGUAGUUGAAGUUGAUGUUUAUAUUUUUUUAAAGUUGAUCAACUACAUACAUAUAAAGUUAUUUACUAAAAUACCACAAAUGGCUUUUAGGAAAUAAUUUGUGCACCUUUAUAUAAAGUAAUGAUUUCCUUAAUAUAUAAAGCAUAUAUUAUUGUAUGUAUUACGUGGAUUUAAGAAAAAAUAAAUCUGUAAACGAUCAGUAUCAUAUGGUAUACGUUGAUGUGUCAAAUGUAUUGUUAAGGUCUCACUAAAUAAAAUCCUGCAUAUCGAACCUCAACGGGAUCAAGAAUAAACUCAAUCUUUGCAACCAUUUUUCAAUCUAUUUAAUAAGUUUCAAAGACUGCUUCUCACUUUUUCAAAAACUUUUUUUAUACGAAAAAGCUUCUUAGACUUUGAUAAUUGUAAUAAUUAUUAUAACAUUUUAUUUGUGAUAUUGUAAUUUUUACUCUACCCAUUCGAUGGACGAAAAUUUAAUAUUUAACUUGUAUAUUAGUGUAUUAUACAUGUAUUUAUUUCAAUUGUUAUUAUUAUUAAUUAUUUGUAUUAUAGCUGUUAG